AUGGAUAUGGGAUAUGAGUACGUUGAUCAAAAUUUGAAUAAUGAUAUUAUUGAAGUCGAUAAUGAUGAUGAUGAUGGUGAUGAUAAUAAUAAUAACGAUGAUGAUGAUGAUGAUGAUGAAGCGGAGCAGAUCACUCAGGAAGAUGCAUGGGCGGUUAUCAGUGCAUACUUCGAGGAGAAGGGUCUCGUUAGGCAGCAACUGGACUCUUUCGAUGAGUUCAUACAGAACACCAUGCAAGAAAUCGUGGAUGAGUCUGCUGAUAUUGAGAUCCGUCCUGAGAGUCAGCAUAAUCCUGGCCGCAAUUCUGACUUCGCCGAGACCAUCUAUAGGAUCAGCUUUGGGCAGAUAUAUCUGAGCAAACCCAUGAUGACCGAGUCUGAUGGAGAGACUGCUUCUUUGUUCCCAAAGGCUGCCCGAAUGAGGAACUUGACUUACUCAUCUCCACUGUACGUAGAUGUUACCAAGAGAGUGAUAAAGAAAGGGUAUGACUGUGAAGAAGUCACUGAGACUCAGGAUUUUAGCAAAGUUUUUAUUGGAAAGGUUCCAAUAAUGCUCCGAUCAAGCUAUUGUACAUUGUAUCAUAGCUCGGAGAACGAUUUAACGGAGGUGGGAGAGUGUCCUUAUGAUCAAGGUGGAUACUUCAUUAUCAAUGGAAGUGAGAAAGUUUUGAUUGCUCAGGAGAAGAUGAGCACCAACCAUGUCUAUGUGUUCAAGAAAAGGCAGCCUAACAAGUAUGCAUAUGUGGCUGAGGUUCGGUCUGUGUCUGAAUCCCAAAACAAGUCCCCUAGUGGCAUGUUUGUCAGGAUGCUUGCUCGGACAAGUGCCAAAGGGGUAAUUGAUAUUUUCUUUUGUAGGUGUCAAUUUUACUCAUUAGCACGCCACAGCACAAACAUGAAUAUAACACGUGUAUUCUUGCUGAUUGCGAAAUGGGGUUCGUCAGGGCAAUAUAUCCGGGCUACACUGCCAUACAUAAGGACAGAAAUCCCAAUAGUAAUUGUGUUCCGAGCAUUGGGUUUUGUUGCAGAUAAAGAUAUACUAGAACAUAUCUGUUAUGACUUUCGUGAUACUCAAAUGAUGGAGUUACUUCGCCCAUCCUUGGAAGAGGCAUUUGUGAUUCAGAAUCAACAGGUUGCACUGGACUACAUUGGUAAAAGAGGGUCUACCAUUGGUGUCACUCGAGACAAGAGGAUUAAGUAUGCCAAAGAAAUCAUUCAAAGAGAAAUGCUUCCACAUGUUGGCACUGGGGAGUACUGUGAAACUAAGAAAGCUUACUAUUUUGGGUAUGUUGUGCCUCUCAUUAACUAUUCCUCUGAUAUAACUGCAGAUUCAUUUUUUCUGAGAGAUGUUACUGUCUGUUGCUUCACCAGAUACAUCAUCCAUCGGCUUUUACUUUGCACACUUGACCGGAGGCCAGAAGAUGACAGGGACCAUUAUGCAAAUAAGAGGCUGGACGUUGCUGGUUCUUUACUUGGCGGCUUGUUCAGAAUGUUAUUCAGAAAAUUAACCAGGGAUGUUAGAUCCUAUGUUCAAAAGUGUGUUGAUAAUGGGAAGGAUGUUAACUUGCAAUUUGCAAUCAAAGCUAAAACAAUUACAAGUGGGCUUAAGUAUUCUCUUGCUACUGGGAACUGGGGCCAAGCAAAUGCAGCAGGCACAAGAGCAGGAGUUUCGCAGGUGUUGAAUCGUUUAACCUAUGCCUCCACACUCUCGCAUUUACGAAGGCUGAAUUCGCCCAUAGGGCGUGAAGGUAAAUUGGCAAAACCAAGACAGUUGCAUAAUUCGCAUUGGGGAAUGAUGUGUCCUGCAGAACACCAGAAGGACAAGUAG